AUGUCUCAACUUUUAAAUAAUGAAUUAAAUAAUUCUAUUCAAGAAAUAGAACUCCCUCUUGAAUCUUGUAACAAUAACAACAUUCAUUCAGAAAUUGUUUCAGAAAAAAAUAAUCAAGAAAAAAUAUUUUUUUGUAUUAAAUUUGAAGGUGAUAAAAAGUUGAGCUUCAAAUUG